GACUGUACCAUUCGCAGGGCGGGAAAGAAACGGCUGCACGUCGCUGAUCCCGGAAGUGGGGGGCGGGGGAUAGAGGGGCUCCCUCCGGAAGUCCAUUCACGAAUGUUGGCGGGUCUAUCUUGGCGCCGGAGGUGUCUGCAGCCUUCGCUAUGAGCACGUGCUCGGUUUCCAAGGGCUGCUUUGUAUUCAAACCAAAUUCUAAGAAGAGAAAAAGGUCUUCAGCAGCUGACUAUUUCAGUAAGGGAAACAAUGACUUGGAUAAUAGUGAGUUACGACUUGAUACUUGUCUGUUGUUAUGGAAACAAAUUAAAUCUGAAACAGAGCAACUACAAGAGGACUUGAAUAAGAACCUAUUUGAUAACCUCAUAAAAUUUCUGAGACAAUCUCAUUUAGAUUUUAAGGAAAAGAAAGCAGAAUGGAUUUGUCGGAUGAAGUCCUGUGAAAUUCCUGCUGCAGCUGUUGUUCUAGGUGUGAAUGUUACAGACCAUGAACUAACAAUUAAAAGUCUCUCUGAGGUUCUUCGAGAUGAUGUUACUCCUUUUGUGGUGUCACUGAAGGCCAAAGAAUGUCCAGAAGGCAUAAAGCAGCUGCUACAAAAGCUGAUAAUACAGCUCAUGGGCUGUGAGGUAGAGGUGGAUUCAUCUGAGGAAGAAGAAUGUCCCAAGAAUUUGCCCAGAAGGGUACGCUGCUCUGUAGCAUCGCUUACCGAUUGGUAUAAGAACGUAAUCAAAAAAACGGAUACUGACUCUCCAUGUAAGAAGAAAACAUUUUCAUCCAGACACUGGGAAUCUCCUCCAGUUGUAAUUAUUUUCAAGGAUAUGGAAAGUUUCACAACCAAAGUUUUGCAGGACUUCAUAAUUAUGUGCAGUCAUUGUAUACGUGAAUUUCCACUGGUCCUUAUUUUUGGAAUUGCUACAUCUCCGAUGGUCAUCCAUAAGCUGCUUCCUCACUCAGUGUCUUCUUUGUUAUGUAUAGAACUCUUCCAGUCUCUUUCUUCCAAAGAGCAUUUAACUAAAGUGAUUGAUAAGCUACUUCUGACGAGUCAAUUUCCAUUCAAAAUUAAUGAGAAGGUUCUGCAGGUGCUAACAAACAUAUUUUUGUACCAUGACUUCUCUGUUCAUAAUUUUGUCAAAGGAUUUCAGCUGUCUCUGUUGGAACAUUUUUAUUCACACCCUCUCAGUUUGCUAUGUUGCGAAGUACAAGAAUCUGAGAAAAGAGUACAACUUUUAUCACAUAAUCAGUUUGAAAAUAUUCGAAGGUUGCCAUCUUUUAGAAGAUUUGUCGAAAGCCAGGAAGUAGAGAAGCAGGCUGCAUUGCUGACUGAUGACGAAUGUUUAAAGGAAACAGCACAAGCAUUGCUAAAAGAUCUCUAUUGUUACCAUGAAAAUUAUUUCCCAAUUUUGCGGUGCCUUCAUGCUUUCACAUCUUCUCUUCCAAAGUAUCCAUUAGGCAAACAAAUCAGAGAGCUGUAUUGUGCAUGUUUGGAAAAAAGCGUAUGGGAAAGAGAGGAAUAUGAGUCUGCCAUGCAGCUGGUGAGGAUGCUGGCCAAGGAUGAGUUGGUGGCUAUUCUUGAAAAAUGUGUGGACAUUCUUAUAUCCUCUUCUGCAAAAUGUCUUAGAAAGGCUUUAGAAAAAUUGGAGAAAUACGUGCAACUACUUAAAAAUCUUGAAGGAGCUAGUGGUGAUCAAGAAAAAUCCAUAUCUUCACUGGAAGAGCUUCAGAAAAAAACAGAUCUGUAUCAUCUUCAAAAGACUUUGUUGGAGAUGAAAGAGUCAAGGAGAGUAAAGAAACUAACAACGUUCGAAAUGCUCCGUUUUGAAAUUGUUGACUUUAUAGAUGGCCUUGUGAGGAAUUACCUUGCACCUGCAGAUAUGCAAACACUGCAUGAGGUGAUGUAUUUCAGUGCAGCUAAUACUCUCCGAGAGCAUUUAAAUGCCACCCCACGUGCUGCUCUUCAUACUGCUCUCAACAAUCCAUACUUUUAUCUUAAGGAUGACUCUUUGAAAUGUGAUGCGGAAUCCAUUUCUGGUGCAGCUCCUGAUAUUUGUAUAGCAUACAAGCUUCAUUUGGAGUGUGGCAGAUUGAUUAACCUGGUUGACUGGCUGGAGGCUUUUUCAACAGUUGUAACUGCAGCUCGAAAUACAGAUUCCACAAUCAAAAACCAGACAGAUGACAUUAUCCAGUAUCCUUUUUUUGAUAUUCUUCUAAGAAAAUCUACAUGAAAACCACAUGCUCGGUUCAUUAGAGCAGUAUCAGAACUGGAAUUUUUGGGAUUCAUAAAACCCACAAAACAGAAAACGGAUCACGUAGCAAGGCUGACAUGGGGUAGUUGUUAAUAUGAAAUGAUUCUGUAGUAGUUAAGAGAAAUAUUAUCCAUUAUAAUGGCAGUAAUAAAGUAUACAAAAUGA